AGUGAAGAAAGAGUGAAUCUAGAAAAAAGUGAAGAAAGAAAGAAUCUAGAAAACAGUGAAGAAAGAAUCGAGCAUUUUGAAGCUAACAAAAAGUGAAGAAAUAAAGAAUCCAGAAAACAGUGAAGAAAGCAAAAAUCCAGAAAACAGUGAAGAAAGCAAAAAUCCAGAAAACAGUGAAGAAAGAAAGAACCUAGAAACCAGUGAAGAAAGAAAGAAUCCAAAAAACAGUGAAGAAAGAGAAUUUGAUUUUGAGGAGCCGAAAGUGGAGAAGGAAAUCGGGCCAGUUGAGUGAGCAAGAUAGAUAGGAAAAGGAGAGUGUCGGGGAGCAGAGUGCCAGAGACGGAGGAGCAUGGUUCGCCGCGUGGAAAGGCAAUUGGUACCAGUAGUAAAGCAAGAAUGUUGACUGCCCGUUCAGGGCCUCUUGGGCUCGGAGUGCCUCGAACCCUGGGGCCCGCCGAGGGUAGCGAUCAUCUUUUUCUACUGCCGGAGAGAGCCCUCGGCAUGGACACAACCCACCUUCGACAGGACUUGGCAGGACUUGACUUCAACCUUCACCUCAACCUACUGCACACUGCGCCCAAGGGCAACGUAUGGCUAUCUGGAGCCGCUCCUGAUGAAAAUAGCCAAAGGUCCAGCUCUGCACACCAUCGCCACUCUCUCACGAAGGAACAAACGAUGCAUUGGUUUGCUCAACUUGGUGGCGAAGACAUCUCGAUUCAUCCCCCAGAUGUGAGGCGUCGCAGUAUCUUCAGUGAGGACUCUCUUGAUGGCGAAGAUCCUUAUGAGAACCAAGGACGAGAGUCGACGGGAAGUGCGAAGGACGUGGACAGGGCGAAGCUUGUUCGUGAAAGGCAAAAUGAGGAACGACAGCGGAAGUUGGAAGAGUUGAGGAAACAAGCACUAGCAGCUCAACGUUCCCUCGAGUUGCGCGAGGAAAAAAGGCGAAAACGUAUCGAUGAACUUAGGUCACGUGAUAACGACAGACGAAUUCAAGUCGAGGAGAAGAAGCGAUUAAUAUGGGAGGCGGAGCGAGAGAGACGCGAGGCAAUAUUGCGAAAGAAUCAGGAGCGAGAGGCGCGAAUCGAGGCGAAGAGACGAAACGAGAGAUCUCAUAUUGUUUUUGCCUUUGGCAGUUCAACGCCGCGAAUGUUGGAGCCCGCGGACACUGGUGGCUCGACAUUUUGGGGAACACGACGUGCAACAUCGACGACGAAUGUUAUGAUGUUCCCCACUGCUCUACCAUUGACUAGGAGAUCCUCGGAACGGGAAUUAGAUAAUAACAAAAAGCGAGCCACUUCUGCUGGUGGUCUUGAUCGAAAACCAGGCGAAGAUAUGAGAAUGUCUUCGUCCAUGUACGAAGUUUUCAAUUGGAAUACUAGUUCUGAUCCUCCCCUAACUCCUGCUAAAAAUAAGAGAGCAAGUCUCUCUCUACCUCCUACUACUGACAUCUUUGCUUUUGACGAUAAGUCAUAUAGCAAUGCUAGAAGUCCACUAAUUCACCGGGGGGCCUGUGGUGAUGAUAGCGAUGCAUCUCCUGGAACGCCGAGUUCGGCAUAUCUUCGUGUGAAUAGGAGACGAACGGAUCUAAUGCCAACGAUACCAUCGCCACGUGAUGGACCGCCAUCGUCAGCGCGCAGUUCAAGUUCAAAAGCCUUCACACGUUCGCCAGGUAGGACUUACUCCAUGUCCAGGCUGGACCAACUUUCGCAACCUAGGAAACGUCCCAGCGAGCUUAGCACACUGACGGAACAGCAGCAAGCUCAGCCUUUGGGCGCUUCUAGCAUGAGUCGAAGCAUGUGUCAUUUAGCUGCAUCAGGCGCAAAAAUUCUUAAGCAUUCGGAUAAUUCUCGUAGCAUGGGUCAAUUGCCAGGUUCAGUGCCAGUGCCACGGCCCACGAGGGCCGAGAGACUCCGGCGUAAGGCAAGAGAAUAUCAGAAUCAUCAGCAGCCAGGUAUCCGCAGCGGGGAAGCUACGCCAAACAGUCAUUCGCGACCUCACAGCUCUAUGAGUCAACAGAGUGCCUGCAGCGUUGGCAACAGUAUCGUGAAUCUGCGCCCCCGCACAGCCACCCCUCGUCGUCCACGACCUGCUUCUAUCGCCGGAACUGGCGUUUCUAUCCCAGAACGACACAAUGUGCUUGGAGAAAUGAAAUUAACGAAAGAUUCGAAGCCGCCACUGCCAAAGGUCCACAGCACUCCAAAGAAACCAUCGACACCGAAAGCGGCGGAGAUUAUACGGAAACCUUCUGAUAAGCUCAUCAAGAGCGCCAGGGCAUCGCCGCGUGUCACACCUAAAGCAACUCCUGUCCAGAGUCCCGGCGUCGAGCACGUUCCUCUAAUUCGGGAAAACACCACUGAAAUCAUCCGACCAUUCGAGGGAAAGGACAUUAAACUCGAUGAGAAACUGGAGGAGAAAAUUGAUCAGGGCUCGGAAAAAAUUGAGAUUCAACAGGAUGUAAAACAAGAAGUUAAAGUCAUCGAAAUGAAAAAGGAAGCAAAGCUCUCUGAAGCGGUGACAACAACAAUGGCUAAGUCAACUCAAGAAGAAUCCAAUUUGGAAAAUUUGUCAACUUCAACACAAGAUAUUGCUCCAAAGAAAAAGGAUGACAAAUCGGGCAAAAAAUCGCCCGAACUUGAUUCGAAAUCGGAAAUCGAGAUCGAUGAACAAAUUGAUAUGUCGGCGUCCAUGAUUGCAAAAAUUAAGAUCACGACAGAAGAGGAGGCAAAGGCUGCAUUGGCAGAGCGUCGGAGAAUUGCUCGAGAACAGGCAGAACGUGAGGCUGAACUUGAACGUCUGCGAUUAGAGGAGGAAGCUCGACUCGAAGUCGAAAGACAAAGAGCCGAGGAAGAAGAGCAACGUCGAUUGGAGGAAGAAACUCUCCGGCUCGCUAAUGAAGCUAAACAAGCCGAAGAACAGAGAUUACGUCUUGCCAUUGAAGAGGCAACAAAACGCGAGGAGGAAGACAGGAAAAAGCGAGAAGAGGAGGCGAAGCAAAAACAAGAAAAGGAAGAAGCCGAGAAGAAAGCCAGGGAGGAAGCAGAAAAACAAAGAAUUGAAAUGGCAGAACGUCUGAAAAAAGAAGAAGAGGAGCGAAUAGCCAGACGCAAGAGAGUCGAGGCUAUUAUGCUUCGAACUCGUGGAAAGAAUCAAUCAAAUUCCAAUAAGGGCGAAGGUGGCGAUGGCGAUAAAUCGAAAGAGGACAGUCCAAGUGACGAGAGUAAAGCAAUGCCCGGUGAUAAGGUGGACGAUAUUAUGACUGCCAGUCUUAUUUCCGAGGCGACACAACAAUUUAUCAGUGGCGAGCAAAAUGCUCAUCGUCAGGAGAACAAUUCAACUCCAGACAUUGUGCGCAAUGGUAUGCACACAAAUGGCAUCAAUGAAAAUAAAACAAUUCUCGAUAACAAUCAGGAUAAUGGAGGGGAGCUAAACGGCCAUCACACGAAUCACGGAAAUGGUAUCAACACCCAAACGAUUGUCCUGGAUAAUGCCACUGUCAAGCAAAACAACGUGACCAACAACCUGUUAGACCUGUCGGAGUUUGACAAUUUGAGUAAUAGUGGUAGUGGACCAAUUCUUGAGCUGACACCGAAUCUAGCAAACGAAGACACGCUCAACUCAAAUCUUAAUCCAACAGCAAUGCCAUUUACUCCAAUGGCCAAUUCCUUUGUGUCAGCAACUAAUGCCAACACUAAUCCGUUCCAGGAUGUUUUUAAUAACAAACAAGAUAAUCAAGUAACAGAUCUACUAUCAUAAUGAAAACGUGAAACCGUUCGAGAAGAAUCAGGAAGAUACAAACAGAAAGAAUAAUCAAUUUGCUCCGCGAGCAUCUGAUAGAAUCAAUCUGAGAGUAUCGAGUUUGAAGAUAUUUCAAUUGUAAAUAAAACAAACUAUUUAGAUACAAGAGGAGAAAAAAAGGGAUCCUAAAAUGAGAAGAUGAAUUACAGUAUAACAAUAGGAUCCAAAACAAUUAUCCUUGGCAGAUAACAGUUUAGCUCCGAACCAUUAAACUUUUAUCCACUAUCAGAGAAAAAAAUGAAUAAAAAAUGAAUGAAAUGAAUAAUAAUGAAAGAAUAAUAGUGAAAGAGACGAAAAAUAAUAAAAGAAACGAAAAAUAAUGAAAAAAUGACAAAAUAAUAUAUAACGUUAAUUAAUAAUACUAUCAAAAAAGAAAGGCAAGUAUAUAAAUAGAAACUUGAAAAAAAGAAAGAGAUCCAUCAUCACAAAAAAAGCUAACUGAUAUCGAGACUAACUUUUCUAGUGAAUUUAAAAAAUACGAUAAUGAGAUAUUUAAAAAUGCCUUGUUUAAUAACAUUUAAUUGAAGUCAUAUUUUUUUCUUAUUUAUAUAAAUAUAUAUACAGGAAGAAAAAAAUUAUUUUCAUGAAUUUCUAUUCUCACGAAAUACUCUGCAGAUAAAAUAUAAAAAAAGGGGCAAUUCGGAAUCGUGUAAGAUAAUAUAAACGUAAAAUUCUUCUGUCUGAUAGAAGUUUAUAGUUUGAUUCGAUGAAUCUUUGCUUGACUCUCGCAGAUUAAAAAAAAAACAACAAAAAUAUUGUAUUUAUAA